AUGUCCCUCCUGCAGUGUCCCCGGCAAUGUAAUCUGGCGGUUGCCGGCAUCUGUCAUCUGUGUUCCAUCCCCUGCGAGCAUUGGGAUGUACGGGGGGACAGAACGGCGGGAAAUUUGAAAAUGGCAAAAAUAAAACAUUACUGUAUCAAAGCAUUUCACAUAUAUUUUGUCCCUAGUGCUUUGUCCUGUGCCCUGCCUGCAUUUUUACUGUUCUUUCUGCCUGGAAACUGAGAAAAGUCCAUGGCGUCCAAAAAGCAUCUCUUUAGGUCAAAAGCGAUUUUAGACCGGCUAGAGAACAGCGAUAGUAAAUUAGAACUACUUGCAGAAUUGA